GCCUUUCUGUGAGGGGACGGCACUACAUUCUAUCCGUUAAAGGGGAGAAGAGGGUCGUGGGAGGGGUUUACCGCUUUCUUCUUCCAAUGGCUUGCAGACUCGCAGACUCUAGUUUCCUUUUGAAGGGUCCCCAACAAAAGCCAAUAUAUGGGCAGAGAUUUGGGUCACUGUAUCCAGCAGGCACAUCAUAUUUGAAGUGGGACGUUCUAUCUCAAAGUAAAGCCAAGCAUCAAAGAUAUGUAAUCCCCUUGAGAAGGACUAAAAUAGUACAAGCAGCGUCUAGUCCUGUUACAGCACCAUUACCAGCAGACAGUGCAGAACGGAGGAAAGAAUUAUGUGAAAGUUAUGGUUUCCGGCAAAUUGGAGAACCACUCCCGGAUAAUAUCACAUUGAAGAACAUUAUUGACACUCUUCCCAAAACUGUGUUUGAGAUCGAUGACAUGAAAGCAUUGAAGUCGGUAUUGAUAUCUGCAACUUCAUAUGCUUUGGGGCUUUUCAUGAUUGCCAAAUCCCCAUGGUAUCUUCUUCCAUUGGCUUGGGCUUGGACAGGGACUGCAGUUACAGGGUUCUUUGUAAUAGGUCAUGAUUGUGCACACAAAUCUUUCUCAAGGAACAAAUUGGUGGAAGAUAUUGUUGGAACUUUGGCCUUCCUGCCAUUAAUAUACCCUUAUGAGCCAUGGCGCUUCAAGCAUGAUCGACAUCAUGCAAAAACAAACAUGUUGGAUGAAGAUACAGCUUGGCAUCCUGUACUGGAAACACAUUUUAAGGAGAACCCAGUUUUCCAGAAGGCAAUCAUAUUCGGAUAUGGUCCUAUUCGCCCCAUCAUGUCCAUCUCACAUUGGUUAAUCUGGCAUUUCCAUUUGAAUAAAUUCAGACCGAAUGAAAUUGGGAGAGUAAAGAUCAGUCUUGCUUGUGUUUUUGCAUUCAUGGCAAUCGGAUGGCCAUUAAUUGUGUACAAGACGGGGAUAGUUGGAUGGAUAAAGUUCUGGUUAAUGCCGUGGUUGGGCUAUCAUUUUUGGAUGAGCACUUUCACAAUGGUUCACCACACGGCACCUCACAUACCUUUCAAAUCCUCGGACGAGUGGAAUGCAGCUAAGGCACAACUUGGUGGCACCGUGCACUGUGAUUAUCCUCGUUGGAUAGAGAUCCUUUGUCAUGAUAUCAACGUUCAUAUCCCACACCAUGUCUCCUCCAGGAUUCCAAGUUACAAUUUGCGAGCAGCUCAUAAAUCUCUUCAACAGAAUUGGGGAAAAUAUAUGAAUGAGGCCUCAUGGAACUGGCGUCUAAUGAAGACGAUCCUAACGAUCUGCCAUGUCUACGACAAGGAACGUAAUUACAUCUCAUUUGAAGAAAUUGCUCCCGAGAUAUCCCACCCAAUUGCAUUCCUUAGAAGGGUAAUGCCCGAUUUCGCCUAAUUCAAUCAUUUGUUAUUUAUUUACAUAAUCCAUUAAUUAUGAAAUCUAUAUACAAAAUAAGUUAUACAUACUCUUCUCCUGAAUGAAGCUUCUUCCUAUAAGAUGUUUAUGCAAUAUUGGGUGCGAUUAAGAUUUGUAAAAUGAGAUGGUACCAUUUGAGCU